UCUGUGUUCCUUUUCCCCUGGUCCGCCCGAGACUUUAUGCAGGAGCCCGCUACCUCCUCGGUUUGUUCUUCCCCCUCCAAGAUGGAGGCCUUAGGGGGCUACCGUACAAAGUCCUCCAACCCAAAUGCGAAAAGGUUGACAGUUUUGUUGAGCAUGACAGUCGGGGUCGGGUGUUUGUUUCUCCUGCAGACUCAGCUUGUGAAACCGAGGAAACCAACUGAUUUUUACUCGUUUGAGGUGAAAGACGCGAAGGGGAGGACGGUGUCUCUGGAGAAGUACCGAGGGAAAGCGUCUCUGGUUGUAAACGUGGCGAGUCUCAGCGAGCAGACGGAGAUGAACUACCUCUCCCUGCAGGAGCUGCACCGGGAGCUGGGCACCUCUCACUUCAACGUGCUGGCCUUCCCCUGCGGUCAGUUCGGGGACACUGAACCCGGUACCAGCCGGGACAUCGAGGCUUUUGCCAAGUCCACCUACGGAGUCACCUUCCCCUUCUUCAGCAGGAUCAAAAUAAUGGGCUCAGAGGCGGACCCUGCCUUCAAAUUCCUCACAGAUUCUGUGCAGAAAAGUCCCAGGUGGAACUUCUGGAAGUUUCUAGUAAAUCCAGAGGGUAACGUGGUCCGAUUCUGGCGAACAGACGAGCCCAUAGAGAGCGUUCGAGAAGAGGCCACAGCGUUGGUGCGAGAAAUAAUCGUAAAGAAACGGGUGGAGCUAUGAUGGAGAUGGAUACGGGACACAUCUAAGUGUGUUGUGCCCGUGAUCCCUUUGCUUUGAUAGCAAGGAAUGACUGAACGCUGAGCUGCUACAGUGAGGGUGGUUCGUAAAGUCUAGCUCCAGAAACUUGCCGAAUGAAAAUAUCAAUUUUCAGUCAUUCAAAGGUAGUUGGAGUGUGUGUUGGUGCGUGGGAAACAUCGGUUAAUAAUGACAAUCAUGAUGAACAUUCCUUAUAAUGACCACUGCUGCAGCCAAAGGAUUGCUUAGCCAUUGAAGUGUUUGAUUUUUCAAAUGUUCAGUUUGCCUUUUUGUACCAUCUUUUUCAAAUGUUUACAUUAAAAUCAAAUUCUUAGGUGAAGCAUAA